GAAACAGAUGACCAAACAGCCCUCCUUAGUAAGCCCAGAAAUAAAGGAGGAAGCAGUGAUCUGGCAUCAGCUGGGUUUAACAUUAUUAAUUCAAUCAUAGGAUCAGGCAUUAUAGGAUUGCCAUAUUCGAUGAAGGAAGCUGGUUUUCCUCUAGGAGUACUGCUUUUGUUUGUGGUUGCCUAUAUCACAGACUAUUCCAUUAUAUUACUGAUCAAAGGAGGAAAUCUGUCCAACACCAAAACCUAUCAAGAGCUGGUCAAAGAAACAUAUGGUCUUGUAGGUUAUCUAAUCCUUUCAACUCUCCAGUUUUUAUAUCCAUUUAUUGCUAUGAUCAGUUACAACAUCAUAACAGGAGACACUUUAACUAAAGUUUUUCAGAGAAUUCCUGGAGUUGGGAUGGAUAACGUCCUUACCGACCGUCACCUCAUAAUUCUUCUUACCACCAUCAUCUUUACCUUACCUAUAUCUUUAUAUCGAGAUAUAGCAAAAUUGGGAAAGAUAUCUCUUCUUUCUCUGACUCUAACCAUUGUCAUCCUGAUUAUUGUGAUGGUGAGAACAGUAACCUUCAGUCCACAAAUACCCAAAUCAGAAAAUGCAUGGAUAUUUGCAAAAUCAAAUGCAGUACAAGCCAUUGGGGUGAUGUCAUUUGCGUUCAUCUGCCAUCAUAACAGCUUUUUAAUAUAUGGGUCUCUGGAAGAACCCACAUUAAAGAAUUGGUCUCAAGUCACACAUAUGUCUGUGGCCUUUGCUCUUGUCAUCAGUGUGGCAUUUGCUGCCUGUGGAUAUAUGACUUUUACAGGAUACACAGAAGGAGAUAUAUUUGAAAACUACUGUAGAGAUGACAACCUUGCUACAUUUGGAAGGUUUUGCUAUGGAGUUACUGUAAUUCUGACCUUCCCCCUUGAAUGUUUUGUGACCAGAGAGGUGAUUGCCAAUGUGUUUUUCCAUGGGAACCUCUCAACAGUUUUCCAUGUUGUUGUGACAGUAGUUAUUGUUGCUGUGGCGACUGGUGUAUCGUUAGCGUAUGAUUGCCUUGGAAUAGUUUUAGAGAUGAAUGGAGUUCUGAGUGCUACCCCACUUGUUUUUAUCAUCCCAUCAGCGUGUUAUCUAAAGCUGUCCAAGGAGCGGUGGAACCAUUCAGAUAACCUCAUAUCCUGCCUGAUUCUUGUUCUUGGUGUGCUGGUGAUGGCAGUUGGGUUUGUCAUGACUGUCUUGCAUCCCCAGGAAUGUAGCCAUGGAAAAGAAAUGUUCUACUGCUCCCCUAGUAAUGUUUCUUUACACAACAGCACACUUCCACCAUAG